AUGUUUCACCACCAUCAUCAAUCUCACAAUGUCAACUCUAAUAUUGAUAUGUAUUCAACUCCAAUAAGGGGUGAAAGUUUAGACGAAAAUGAGAUGGAGUAUGAUGAUGAUGAUGAUGAUGAUGAUGAUGAUGUUGAUGAAAAUCAAGGAAAUGAUCAAGAUGAUCAAUAUGGUGAAGAUGGAGAAAAUUCUGUUCAUCAUGUUGAUGCUAGUCUUUACACCCAACCAUCAUUUCAAGAUCUAUUUUCACAAUUUGGUUCACCACCGAGCUUCACUCAAUUGGUUCAACCAUCUCAACAGCUACCUAAUAAUAAUGAUGAAACCCCUAUACUCAUGAACACAAGUACAGAUCUAAUUGUGAGCACCAACCAAAAGAUAAGAGUGGGGUGGCAGAAAGUUAAGGAAGCUUAUGAAGCAGCGAGGAUGGAACGACCCCAUCUGAUCCCACGAAGAACCGCCGACAUGCUUAAAUGUCGUUGGGGUAGAGUUGCUCCAGCAUAUUUGAAAUGGUUUGGAAGUUAUGAUGAGGCUUUUAGGAGGACGAAGAGUGGCACGACAGACGAAGAUGUGCUUAAAGAAGCGCAUUUAAUCCAUCAAAGAAAACACGGUAACUUUAACUUGAUUGAGCAAUGGAAAAUUUUAAGAAAGUAUAACAAGUGGAAGCAAGUGGUAAAAACUAAUCAAAAAAAACAAUUGGAUCAACAACCAACUGGUGAUGUUAGUAGUAAAAGUAGUGGGAAAAGAUCAAGGACGGAAGAAGAUUCUGAAACUCCAACAAGUGAACCUCAAGGAGGAUCAUCCACGCGCCCCGAGGGUGUGAAGAAGGCUAAGGCUCGCGUGACGGGGAAGAUGGCAUGGGAAGCUGAUAUGAUGGUUCAACUUGGACAAUACCUUCAGAAUUACAAUAGUCAGUAG